UCUGGUUUUUAUUUUUCUGUAUUCUGUUGAUGUUUGUGUGACGUUGACUACCGGCUCAAAGCUGUUUUUUAUGAAUGUUAUGUAGAAAGUUAUUAACUAGAUUUAUAAUUUUCUGUUGUGCUGUUACAAUAAGUAGAGUAUAUUUCUUUUCUGAUUCAUUUGUAACUACUUAAUCAUGGCAUUCGAAAGUGGCACAUCCUGUUUAUUGUCUACAUCUUUGUUUGUGGUGUUGUUUUCUGCUAUGCAAGUGUACCGUUGGCAGUUAGCAUCAACUCAAUUGAUGACAGUUCUUGGUGGAUUUCUUGGUUCUUUCCUGUUUAUGUUUGCCUUGACUGCUAUUGGUAACAUUGAGACUUAUGUAUUUGGAAAAGGCUUUCAAACAAAAUUGUUUCCAGAAGUUUUAAUAAGUAUUCUGGUUGCUAUAUUUGCUUGUGGUUUGAUUCACCGAGUGUGCAUUACAACUUGUUUCAUCUUUUCAAUUGUGGCCUUGUAUUACAUGAACAAAAUAUCCAACAAAGUGCAUGGCAGUUCAAUUCCUCCUGCUUUGGCCAAUCCUAUACCUGAAAGGAAGAAACGAAGAUAGACUUUUUCAUAUUUUGUGUUAAAAUAAGUUUUGAUAUCUUUUGAAUAAAGGGGGUUUUGUUACUAUG